UCUGGCUGUGUAGCGGUGCAUUCACGUUUGCCCCUAUGCAUGCUGAGUUAGACUGAAGAGCUGGAGCAAGGCAAGGAGAGUGGUGGGCGAGACUAAGUAAGAGGGCCCCCCUUGACGUCGGUAGCGCUGACUUUUACAACCCGUUUCUUGAGCCAUCUGGUUCUGUGGAUUCUUAAUGUGGAGUUCCUCCCUGCUCUUUACAAGACGUCAUCGCCCUGUCUAAAUGUUAGGAACUAUACCAGCCAUGGACGAGGAGCUAGCUCGUGCAGUAGUGCGGUGUGAUGCGGGAUCAGAGGGGUGCACCAUACAGGAUGCUGCCCCAGAGAGAGAUAAGAUACCAUCCCUGGAGGAACAUUCUAAGGAGGAAGGUGAUGGGAGACAGAAGAAAGGGGGCAAUGUGAUGAACGAUGAUGAUGAUGAGGAUGAUGCUUCCUCUGGCCCAAGUAGGGAAAGGAUAAAUACAGCAACAAGCGGUGGAUCGCUGGAUGAGUGGUGUGUUAUGUCAGAGGCAUCGGUGAAUCGAGAGAUUUUUCAGGAUCUUCAGUCUCAUGAUGAGAUAUCCCAGCUUGCCUCAUCCCUUGUCACGAGAGAUUUACUGAAGCAAGCAGAGGAUCAGGUCUCCACCAAACUAGUCGAUCAAAUCUUCAGAAGUAUACAGGAGGUCACAGAGCUGGAUCCACAGAUUGUGAAGAGCUUUCUGUUGUCACACAGCCAUCCACAGGGUGGGGGAGAGAAACCCGAUGACAUCACUUUAUUGGUCGAUCUGUUUAUGGAACUUCUUCAGUGUUCUCCUUUGCCGGUAGAACACAACCACCUGUGGCUGCAACUCCUAUAUGUCCUCAUCCUCGAUGGUAGCAACCUGUUGCUCUUCAUCAAGAAGAAGGUGGCAGCCACCGUCUUAGGCACCAUGGCAGUUCACAGACCACAGGCUUCGAUACAAGAGAUUGGCUGCACUGUACUUUAUCCACUGGCAAAGUUUAAUCAGAUUCCAGACUUGAAGGCGCCAAUCCGCGAGAGUGGAAUACAGGUCAUUCUUCAGUCCAUGGAGAAACAUAGAAAGAGUGAAAAGCUGAUGAUCAAAUCCCUGCAGGUCCUUGCCAAUGUGGCAUGCACAAUGUCAAGUUAUAGCAGUUGGGCUAUACAGCAAGGUAGGUUUCAAUAUCCUUUCAUCUCGUGAGUGUAUCA